GGCUUCAGAACACCCCCUUGUUUUCACUAUUUUGGAUUAGCCCAACCUACGGACAGGUUGAAGAACGUACUCUAAAGUUUCGGUCCGGUGGUUUGCUGAACAUUUAUAUAAUUUCGAGCGUUUCAUUUACAGGCAGUCUCCUUUAUCGUGUCAAAUACGUUGACAAUGUGGCAGCCUUUUACAAAAAAUAGGUAACGGAAACAAGCUGAAUGACGACUACAAACAUGGAAUAUCACCUUAAAACGUCCUAGUGUCCGUCAUGGAGUGCUGCAGGUCCAGUUUCAGACUCUGGUCCCGGUCCUUGGCCUACACUCUAGUCCUGGGUCUGGGCUACAUCAUCCUUGGGACCAGUCGCAUCCUGCUGCUGAAAUUCUCUGCCAAUUCAGAGAACAAGUAUGACUACCUCCCUGCGUCCGUGAAUCUCCUUGCUGAGGUGAUCAAACUGCUGUUUUGCCUGAUGAUGUCACUCAGAGUCAUCAUUAAAGAGGGACGAUCUUGCAGAGACCUGGGCUGUUCCUCUCUCUCCUCACUUCUGAGCUCGCUGAAAUGGGCAGUUCCUGCUUUUCUGUAUUUCCUGGACAAUCUCAUCAUCUUCUUUGUCCUGGCCUACCUGCAGCCUGCCAUGGCAGUGCUGUUCUCCAACUUGGGAAUCUUGACAACGGCCGUGCUCUUUAGACUUGUAUUAAAGAGACGUCUAUCCUCAGUCCAGUGGGCAGCGUUGGUCGUUCUCUUUUUGUCGAUUGCAUCUUUAACCGCGGGAUCCGGAAGCAGCCAAAAUGCUGUGGCUCUGCACACCAUUCAUCUGAACGCACUGCACCGCCCGUCCAACUCCUGCCUGCUCUACACAGAGCUAUUGGAGGAGAUGAAAAACAGCAGUAUCGGUGAAUCAUCUCUGUCCAUUCAGGCCUGGAGAGAGAAGAUGAGUGAAAAGCUUCAGUUCUUUGGCGUGGGCCACGUCCUGCUCCUCCUCCAAUGCCUUAUUGCCUCCAUGGCUAACAUCUACAAUGAAAAGAUUUUCAAAGAAGGAGAGCAGCUGAUGGAGAGCUUCUUCAUCCAGAACACCCGACUGUAUGCUUUUGGUGUGUUCUUCAAUGCUCUGACCCUGGGGAUCAACAGAGAAGCUCGAGGUCUGACUCUGCACUGCGGUCUUCUGCAUGGACACAAUAUCUACUCCUUGGCUCUGGUGCUGGUCACUGCAUCUCUGGGUUUAUCAGUGGCCUUCAUCCUGAAGUUCCGAGACAACAUGUUCCACGUUCUGACGGGUCAGAUCACCACGGUGCUGGUCACUACUUUCUCCUUCUUCCUUUUCGACUUCCACCCGUCUCUGGACUUUUUCCUCCUGGCUCCUGUGGUCCUGCUCAGCAUUUUCAUCUAUAACUCCAGUCGAGUCAAAGACCCAGAGCACAUCGUGCAGAGAGAGAAGCUGAGAGUGCUGAACGGAGAAGUGUUUGAGAGGUCCAGAGGGGACGGCGAGGAGCUUGAGCUUCUGACAAAGUCCGUCUCUGACAGUGAGUCGGAGGAAGAGGAGUCGUCACGCUGGGCUGAAACUCUGAUGGACCACAGUGAAUGAAUCCCGCGCUCACUUCUGCUUCCUGCGCGUUUUUACAUUUCUACUUCCACAUAUUUUCUAUUUCGUUUAAUUCAUUUCAUUUCAACUUUUAGAAAGUGCCAAAAAACUGUUCGUUUUGAAUACAAAUAUAAAGGAAUCACUAACAUUUUGUGUCAUGUGACAUGUCAGACACAUUUUUUUUGCUGUUCUUUGGCUUUUAAGGACACCUGUUUGCCAAGGACUCAUUCUUUCAUCUCCAUGUAAAAUAGGAAGAAACAAGAACGCGGGAAGGAUGAAACUUUGGCUUUCAUCUUUGUGGUUUGUUUUUUUUUUUAUUUCAAGAU